AUGGAGGAGAUGGAGGACGGGGUUGGGGUUGGAUUUGAUGGGAGGUUGGAUGGGAGGUUGGAUGGGAGGUUGGAUGGGAGGUUGGAAAGGAAGGUGGUGGAGGAGGAAGAGGAGGGUGAGGAGGAUAAGGUGCAAGAGGAGCAGAAGGAAGGGAUGGAUGGGGCUUUGGGGGAGGUUGGGUUUGGGAAGGAUAAGUCUUCAGAGUCACCACUUUGGGCUAGGGCACGACGGAUUAGGGCGCUACAGGACAGGAAGAGGAUGGCUGUUGAUAUUUCGGAGAAGGAAUCGUCGGACGAAUCGUCGAACGAAGCAGAGGACAGAGCAGAGGACGAAGAAGAGGACGGAGCAGAGGACGAAGAAGAGGAUGAGGAUGAGGACGAAGAUACAGAAGGGUCUUCUGCUUCCAUUUCGAGGAGGUUUAGAAGAAAGUCUGUAGAUUCUGCAGUGUCUGGGAAGUCUGCGAAAUUCAUAUUUUCCACGAACACGGCGAAACCAGCACUACUACAACCACAACGAAGACAUUCGACAUCAUCCUCACCCGACUUCGUCCAUGCUGUCUAUGAUGCUGAAGGGGGCGGCGAGGGCGAUGCCGGCACAGAUAGCGAACCCGAUCAUGAUGCCUCCGAUUCCGAUCCCGAUUCCGACGACGUCAAGUCCAACGUAUCUUCCAAAACUUCAUUUUCCAAAAGAUCUGUCAAGUCGACCAAUUCUACCACCUCCCCAUCCGUCAGACUCUCCUCACCCCCAAUCAAGUACCCACAGUUACCUCUCCCAUCGCCCACACCACCACCAGAACAAAUAUCAGACCUCGGUUCCGACAGCCCCAUCAUCAUCAAAAAUUGUGACUGUGCCUCUAGCCGGCGUCUCCUUUCUUGGGAAGAGGAGGAGACCGAGCAUGAGCAGCAUGAGCAUGAUGCCGUUGAGGUACAGGAAAGAAGAGAAAGAUAUAUUUGGAAUUGGAAAGAAGACGAACUCAGGUGGAUGAAGGAGAACGAGAACGAGAACGAGAACGAAACGGAACAGCAACAGCAAGUAGUGAGUGGAAAAAGAAGUAGUAGGAAGAAGAAAUUCGUCAGGGGAAAAUGGAGAGGUCACCCCCUUUUUGCGGCCGUGACGGCUGUGGAGGUGGGGAGGGAGGAUGUUAGGGACUUACUUUCUGUCUAUAAUUAUGGGGGAGGAGAGGGGAAUAUGAAGAAGAGGUUCUUCAACGAGGAAUUCCCGUUCAUCGCGUACGUCCGAACCACCGGCUCACAAGAUCAAGACCGAGAAAAAGACCUCCUCCCGAUCAUCCGCCAGCAAAUACUAGACGUCACAAGCUCCCUACUUUACGACCCAAACACGCGCAAAAAGAAAAUCAUCGCCGCCGCAGAGGGAUAUUUACCACUUGAAGCGCGGUUUGGAGGAGGGUUCUCAUUGACCCAGAACGAUUUGCAGAGGCAAUUUUCGUUGCCUAGUUGGCGGGAAAGGGAAAAGGGGUUGGAAGUUUUGGGUGGUGAUGGUGGUGGGGUUAUUACUGCGGAGGUGCGGAGGAGGAAGAGGGAAGAAGAGAGGGAGAGGGAGAGAAAAAUAGAGGAGGAUAGGGAGUUUGAGGAGGUGUUGGUGAGGUGGAGAGCGAGGAUGAAGAGGGAGAAGGAGAAGGAGAAGGAGGUGGGGGAACAAGGAGAGAAGGAGAAGGAGAAGGAGGUGGGGGAACAAGGAGAGAAUGAGGAGAAGGGGGAGGGGGAACAGGGAGAGGAUGAGGAGAAGGGAAGGGCAGGAAGGGCAGGAAGAGAAGGAGAAGGAAGACGAACCAAAAAAUCAAACGCAAACGCCGACCACGACCUCAACCUAACCCCCUCCACACCAACUGCAUACUUCUCCCGGCGCCGUUCCUGCCUUCACAACUUCUGGACCAAAGAAGCCCAACCCGCCGAUUUCGAGUCCGCCAAAGCCGUCAGACGGAACACUUUCCUCAAGUGGCGAGGGGACGGCGAACCCAACAAUAAAAGGCCCAAGGGGGAUGUGACCAAAGGUACCGCCACUGCGAACAAUAUUGCCGAGUGGGUUGCUAGCCAACGACGGUCUGGUCUUGGGCAAGAGAGAGGGCAAGGGGAAGGGGAAGGGGGUACGAGUGGUACGGCUACCGGUAGUAGUGAUAGGUUACCGGUACCGGUACCAGUACCAGUACCAAAAGAAAGGACUCCGAGAAAGAAGAAGAAGAAAAAGAAAAAGAAGUUAACUCGCCAACAACAGGCCGGGUUCGAUUAUACAGAACGAGGGAAGGAGAAGAAGGGGGAAGAAGGAAAAGAGCACCAGUGGGCAUUGUUGGCUGAUGAGUUGAUGGAGGUUUUGAUUCAUGCUAGCGAUUACGAUGCUAGCGAUGAUGGUGAUGAUGAUGAUGAUGAUGUUGUUGUUGAUGAUUAUGUGGAGGAUAUUUUGGGGUUAUUGGGCGAGGGUGAUGGGGUUAGGAGUAAUAAGAGACUACAAGAGAUGGAUGAAGAUGAAGAUAUGGAUAAAGAUAAGGGUGAGGAUGAAGAUAGCUACCCACUCGUAGAUCUUGUUCGAGAGUCAAUGAUGAAUACCUUCUAA